GAAAUGCAGAAGUCAAGGCCCCCCUCGCCGGGAAGCAGAUUUCCUUGUGGCCCUUUUUCCCUCACGCCCCUGCUGCCUCCUCGCUGGAGACCGGCGAGCCUCGGGGGCUAGCGCAGCCGGGAGCGCGGCAGGCUGGGGGCCUGUCUCUGGGCAUAGGUCUCCGUUUGGGAUUUAGGGCGGCCCCAGAGGUGUCCUGCUCAGAGGAAUGGAACCUGCCUUCGGGGAAGUGAACCAGCUCGGGGGGGUGUUUGUCAACGGGAGACCCCUGCCCAAUGCCAUCAGGCUGCGGAUUGUGGAACUGGCGCAACUGGGUAUCAGGCCGUGUGACAUCAGCCGGCAGCUCCGCGUUUCCCACGGCUGUGUCAGCAAAAUCCUGGCUCGCUACAACGAGACCGGCUCCAUCCUACCGGGGGCUAUCGGAGGCAGCAAGCCUCGGGUCACCACCCCCACCGUGGUGAAACAUAUCCGGACCUACAAACAAAGGGAUCCGGGCAUCUUCGCCUGGGAGAUCCGGGAUCGCCUGCUGGCCGAUGGCGUGUGUGACAAGUACAACGUGCCGUCGGUCAGCUCCAUCAGCCGCAUCCUCCGGAACAAAAUCGGGAACCUGUCUCAGCAGAGUCACUACGAGUCCUACAAGCAGCACCAGCCGCCCCCACAGCCUGCUCUGCCCUAC